AUGAGUUUGGUGUCGUUGAACGAGGCGGAAAAGGUGUACAUUAUUCACGGAGUUGAGGAAAAUUUCCGAUGUGACGGACGCAGUCGACAAGACUACAGGCCAUUGGAAUUGGAAAUGGACAUUGUGAGCAACGCUAAUGGGUCAGCUCGCCUGCGAUUAGCCAACUCUGAUAUUUUAGUGUGCGUAAAAGUGGAGAUUGACACUCCACUUCCAGAAGCUCCUAAGGAUGGCAAAAUAGAAUAUUUUGUCGAUUGUUCGGCCAACGCAACUCCAGCAUUUGAAGGACGUGGCGGUGAACAUUUAGCUGCUGAACUCAGUCGCUUUCUUUGCUUAGCUCAUGGCCCAGUAUUUAACUUGAGCAAAUUGUGUAUUGUUCCUGGACAAUCAUGUUGGAAAUUGUUUGUCGAUGUUCUGAUCUUAGAAUGUGGAGGAAACUUAUUUGAUGCCGUAUCAUUGGCAGCUAAAGCUGCUUUGUGUAGCACAAGUCUGCCAAAUAUUGUGGGGACAUACGAGGAUGGCCAAAAUAUCGAUCUUCAGAUAUCUGAUGAUCCAUUCGAUACAAAACCACUAGACGCCAAUGACUUACCUGUCUUGGUGUCCAUGUGCAAAAUUGGCAACAGUUAUGUGGCUGACCCUACUAUAGAGGAGGAAAUAUGUGGUGCAGGAUGUAUUGUUGUAUCAGUCACGCCCAAAGGAAACGUAACGGCUGUAUUAAAAAAAGGAGCCGGAAGCUUUAUGCCGGAUACGUUAAACGAAAUCAUUAUGUCUGGUUCACACAUUGGUAUUCUGUUGAAUAAAGCGCUCGAUGAAACUCUUAUUCAAGACAUGUCCAGUAAUGUUUGUAAGCAACAAUAUGGUUUCCUUAAAUGA